AUGGACAACGAAAAGGAAGGGCCUGUGUUCAAAGUGCCUAAAUUGUUCGGUCCCAGACCUGGCACGAAAAAACCCGUAAUAUGUGAGGACAUCGUUAGCGAUGACACCGAUGUUGCAUCGACAACAAACAUGGCAGUAAAUACCAAAGUCAGCGUUGAACCAAAAGUAGAACAGCCAAAAAAAAUUUCCAAGACUACAUCUCAAGUUCCUAUUCCGUACGAAGAACCGUCAUGGGGUGGGAAACCUGGAGAUAAAUAUUUUUUAGAGGAGUUAAAAUCUGGUGUAAUGUUAAGUACAAUACAACUAGAAAGUCGAUCAUUUCAUUGCUUUGGACGUUUAAAUAAUUGCCAUGUCACAAUGGCACAUCCAACAAUUUCACGUUUUCAUGCAGUUCUACAGUAUCGUUCUACUUUUUCUAUCAACGAUGAAAAUAGAGGGUUUUAUUUAUAUGACUUGGACAGUACACAUGGAACAUUCUUAAACCGUUUAAGAAUUAAGCCCAAAACUUAUGUUAAAGUCCAUGUUGGUCAUUUGAUUAGUUUUGGUGGUAGUACUAGAAUGUAUUUGUUACAAGGCCCACCAGACGACGAAGAAAAAGAAUCUGAAUUAACUGUUACUGAAUUAAAAGCUAAACGGCAAGCAGAACUUGUACAAAGAGAAAGAGAACAAGAGUUGCAAAGACUAAAAAGAGAAGAAGAAGAGAGAAAAAAAAUGGAACAGGGUGUUGAUUGGGGAAUGGGUGAAGACGCAAAUGAAGAAGAAGAUACUAAAGAAAAUCCUUUUGCUCCUAAAGAAAAUGAACAACUAUAUUUGGAUGAUCCUAAAAAAACAUUGAAAGGUUGGUUUGAAAGAGAAGGACAAGAAUUGGAGUAUGAUGUAUCAGAAAAAGGAUUUGGAACAUUUACCUGUCGUAUAGAAUUACCAAUAGCAAACAUUACAGGGAGACCACAGAUUGCUGAAGCUACAAUAAGUGGUAAAAAAAAAGAAGCAAUUGCCCAUUGUGCACUGGAAGCAUGUAAAAUUUUGGAUAUGUAUGGACUUUUAAGGCAGUCUACGCAUGAAAGUAGAAAACGCAAAGAAAAAAAUUGGGAAGAGGAAGACUUUUAUGACAGUGAUGAUGAUAAUUUCUUAGAUCGUACAGGAGAUAUUGACGCAAAGCGCAAAAAACGAAUGAAAAAAUUUGGUAAAGCUGCUGAAACUGUUGAUACUUAUGAAACAUUGAUGGAGAAACAUAAACUUUUGCUUGCUGAUCUUAAACAUACCAAGAGUAAAUUAAACAGAUUAAAUCGAAAUGUUACCAAAGAGUAUGGUGGUACUAAUGAUGAGGACUCUUUAGAAUCAUAUAUGUCUGAUCUUAGAAAUUAUAAAACUGUUGAUAAAGUUGAGAUCAAAAGAUUAAAGAUUAAAAUUAAUGAGCUACAAGACGAAGAAGAAAAACUUAGAAAAAUUAUUAAUAUUGUACGACCGACUACUUUACCAGAACUUAAAAAUCCUGAGAUAGAAGAAAAUACACCUAAAGUAGAACAAGUGGUCAAAGAAAAUCAAAAAAGUAAUAAUGGUCAAUCACCAAUACCAACAUCUGUACCAACAUUAUUACCAAAAGAAGUUAAAAAAAUUGAUACAAAAAUAAAACCUAAUGUUGAAGAGAAAGUAGAAGUCAUAAACAAAGAAAAAAUCAACUUAAAUGAAGCAGAAGAAACAGCAUUGAAGGAAUUGAAAGAAGCAGAGAAGCGACAAAAGCAGUUAGAGAAAAAAGAUAAGAAAAUAAUUGCUAAAACUUUGGAGAAAGACAAGUUGGAAGAUUUUGGAAACAUGAUUUGGAAACCUCCAGCGGAUCAAACUGGAGAUGGACGAACUAGUCUAAAUGAAAAAUAUGGCUACUGA